GGGUGUUAAGCGCUCCGUUACUAGGCUACAUGGGGCAGCAGUAGGUACUGCAGAAAUCAUCGUUUUUAAGACUCUAGAAAGUUAUGGAGUUAAUGCCAGUGUUGAGAAACUUAUCAUGUUAAAAGGAGACAGAGGAGAACCUGGACCUCCGGGUCCACCAGGUCCCCAAGGUAAUACAGGCCUUCCAGGGUAUGAUGGUAGAAGUGGACUCCCGGGCGAACCAGGUCCACGAGGUGAACCUGGACCAGAAGGACCCCCAGGGCCUGAGGGACUGAUUGGAAAAAGUGGAUUACCUGGGCCAAAGGGCAACAAAGGAGAAAGAGGCUUCAUGGGUGCUCCAGGAUAUCCAGGUCUUACAGGGAAACCAGGAUUCCCAGGACUACCCGGUAUUCCUGGAGAACCAGGCCUAAAUGGCACAGAUGGAGAACCAGGUUUACCAGGUCUUAUAGGGCCCCCU